CAAUUUCAUUUCCCAUAUUAAAAAAAGUCAAAAUCCCCAAAAUUUCUCUCUUUCAUUUUCCCCAAACUUCCAAUGGCCAAUUACAGAUCAAACUCAUACAAUUACAACAAUCAAGACAUGCAGAUAGAUACAUACAGUGGUGAAUUUAAGCCUAAGCUUCCUGAUUUCAGAUCUUAUAGUGUAUCCUACAAAGCCCCAAAUUCAAAUAUGGAUAUUGUUGUGGCUGGAAAUAAUGAUUUUAAGCUGAAAAAAGGAAAGUCAACAAACGGGUCAGCCUCAAAAUCAUGGAGGUUUAGUGAUCCAGAGUUUCAAAGGAAGAAAAGGGUUGCUGGAUAUAAAGUUUAUGGAGUUGAAGGCAAGCUUAAAGGGUCUUUUAGAAAGAGCUUUAGAUGGAUUAAAGAUAAAUAUACUAAUGUUGUUUAUGGACAUUAAGGUGACAUGUUAUAGUUAUCUUGAUUUUAUAUAUUUUGUUAUAUAUUUGUCUUGUUUCAUAAUUUCCAACUUUGGAUGGUUAAUCAAAGUUAUUUAACCAACUUCAUUAA